AUGCAGUCAUCGCUAUGCAGGAGGGUGCUAAAGCCGGCGGUGCAGGCGCGGUCACGGACAUGCAUGCGGGCCACAGGCACGGUGGCUCUGCGGCGAAACAGCACAAAAGCGUACCCGGAGCUCGAGGACAUCCUGGGCAAACCCGCAUCGACAUUCAACGAGCUAGUGGGGCAGCUCGAGACCUUAAUCAAGCACCCGAGCCCACCGCGCAACUACGCCGAUGCGCUAGCCAAGCAGGAGCUGCGACGCAACGACGCGGGCGAUCUGGCAGUUCCCGAUAAGCAUAAUUUGGACAGGCAGCAGGGGAAACCGGUAUUGCGGCAGCGGCCACGCAUGCUGCGACACCCGGCAGCAGACGGAGCAGCCCAUAGCACCGAGGAGCUGGGAAUGUCGGAAGCAGACGCAGUGCAUUUGGGAUUUACCAGCGAGCAGCAGCAGCGACGGCGGAUCUGGCUGACCAAGGUGGCCGGGUACCGGGCGUUCCGGGAGAACAUGAUGUCAGCAGACAGGCUACUGGACCAGCUGGAGCACGACCGGCUGGCGGAGGCGGAGGAGGAGCAGGUGAAGGAGGCCGUGGAGGAGCCGGUGCUGGACGAUGACCGCGAGUUCGAGCAGCUGAUCCGGCAGAGCUGGCGGCUGCACGACAAUGACGUGGGUGGACAGCGGGCGCUGCAGAGCCGGCGGCCAGGGGGCAGGCGCAUGUACCAUACGACGCGAGCAGUGGGCGAGGGCAAAAAGGAGAAGCGCACGGCGCUUGACUUUCUGGCGCGCAACACGCGCGUGGUCAAGGCGCACAAGAGCCUAAUCACGCAGGCCGAUCUGCCGACGCGCGCAGAGCUGCAGCGGCACGUGGAGGCGAGCCGCUCGCAGCAAGAGACAGAGCACGUGCCGAUUGACGCGACAGUGAACACUGGCGACGUUGUGGAGUUGCGGCAGGUGAUGCGGACAGACGAGACGCCGUUCGGUGCAGGCGUGGUGACUGCGGGCGUGAUCCAGAAGACCACCGGGCGGUUCCACUUCAACGCACUGCUGGCCAACAAUAUGAUUCUGGGCGGCCGCGAGACACGCGUCGGGUUUGUUGCGCGCGGGGUACUGUUUGACGAGCAGCGCAUGCGCAGCAGUGGCGUGGCGGAGCAAGACGUGCGGCGUGUCAUGGAGUAUGCGCAGCAGCUGCGCGACUACGAGGCCGAGCACGGCCACGAGUCGCUGGUCUCGGCCUACGAGGCAAUGCAGCUGCAGGCAGCACAGAACCAAGGCCAGCAGGGGACGCUGGUAGGCAGCGAUAUGGACAGCGACAUCCACGCGGCGGGGCUGGGCGAUGAGGACACGGCGGAGAUGCGCGGCAUGCAGACCGCUGUGGCAGAGGCGGCAGACAGCGAGGAGUCGAUCACAAUGGUCCUGCUGCGGACAAUCCCGCGUACGGUGCGCACGUUCCAGCAGCGCGCCGAGCAACUGAUGCGGUCGCACUACCGCGAGCUGGGCGAGUAUUGGGGCAUGGCACUGGGCCGUGGGCAGCGGCGGGUCACGGUUGAUUCACUGGCGGAGCUGAUCUUCGGCGACACGUCGGCCGAGGCCCGGUACGCCGCGUAUAUGCACCUGAUCAGCGACACACAGCACUUCAUCCCCGACUCGCAUGGGCUGUUUGUCACUGGCGCGUUCGAGCUGCGCGGGCGGCGGGAGGUGGUAGAGAUCGAGCGUGUGCGCGAGCUGAUCCGCGAAAAUGCACCCGAGUUCACGCAGUUUGUGACAAAGGCGCGUGCACUGGUCGCGUAUUCGCACGCACAGAACCCGACGUCGCCGACACGCGCGGCAUUGGAUCCGACACUCAAGGCAUUCGAAAAGAGCCGCACGUGCGAGCUGACCGGGUGGGCGGCCUGUGACGAAGUGUUUGAGCGCAAGCCGCUGCCUGCGGCGAUGACCGAAGAGGAGGCCGGGCGGGUGGAGUUUUCGCGCAGUGACAUGCUGUUCAUCAAUAUCUUGCGGCAGUUUGUAUUCUGGCACAACGCCGGCUUCACGAUAGCAGCCAAUCCGUACGACGGGCUUGUGGCACCGGUGAUCAAGAAGAUGCACUACUACGCCGGUUGCGAUGUCACCAGCGUCACGCGGUUCCUGGUCGAUCUGGGCGUGUGGCCGCACUGGUUCAACCCGAAACUCAACACGCGCACACUGCCGUUCGGCUCGCUGGGCGCCAACAAGGACCACUACACGAUAAGGGGCGCCUCCGAGCUGUCGGCGAAGCUGUUCCUGGAGGGAGACCAGGGGCUGAGCAAGCCGAGCCGAGGGCUGCUGGAGUCGGCACGCAAGAUCACUCCGGCGGUGCGCGACUCGCUGGUGACGCGCAGCAGCGUUGGCAUCAUCGACAAGACCGACUUUUACGCGCGCGAUGUGUGCGAGGACCUGCGGCACGACUUUGGGCAGCUGCCGGUAUAUACCAUUGAUGACAGCGCCACACGUGACGUAGACGACGGCGUGUCGGUGGAGACGGUGGCAGGCGCCGACGGGCAGCAGCAGACGUGGCUGCACGUGCACAUCGCCGACCCGACGGCCCACGUACACCCGGGGCAUGUUGUGGCCGACGCGGCUCAGCAGCAAGGCACGACGCUGUACUACGCGGAGCGGCACCAGCACAUGCUGCCGUAUGCGCUGACAAUGCAGGAGCUGGCGCUGAGCCGGCGCGCCGACGGCUCGGCAGUCAACACAAUGACCGCGUCGGUGCUGCUGGACGCCAACGGCGAGAUCGCCGACUACAAGGUGCGGCCUGCGCGUGUGCGCAAUCUGCUGGCAGUGCCGUAUGCGGCAGCCGACCAGGUGCUGUCGUACCAGUGGGCCAUGCCGGACCUCAAGUCGUUUGCCCAAGUGCAGGCGGUGUACCGCAACGGCUCGCUGGUGCAUCCCUUCGAACUGCAGCCCAGUGACUGGCAAAAAUACGGCGAUGGCUGCCCGCCGCCGGCCGCCGAGCACACCGAGUCGCUGCGGCUCAUCCAGCAGCUCGUGCGUCGCCACUACGAGCUGCGUGUGCGGAACGGGGCAUUCACCAAGGCCAACACCGAGCGGUCAUUCUCGCUGGGCAACCCGCGGCUGCCAAUGCCAGCCCACAGUCUCUCGGGCCCGGCAUUCCUGGCCAGCCCGUCAGCGCACGAGUUCCCGCCGAUGCGCACCUACCACGGGAUCGGUGUCAAUUCGCCCGCCCACGCGAUGGUCGGCGAGCUGAUGCUUUUGGCGGGCCGUGCGUUUGCACGGUUUGCGCAGGAACACAAUGUGCCGAUGCUGUUCCGCGUGCAGCCGCCGCCGAACCUGGACGUGCUGAGCGGCGGCAUCCCCGGGUUGCAGUCGGCGCUGGCCGAUGAGCUGAACGAGGCCCAGGCCAUGGAUGCCCGGGCUGUGUGGGAUGCCGUGGGCCGCCGGGCGCGUGCCACCGACGGCGUCAUCAGCCGCGCGCUGUUCGACGAAGUCCGCCAUAUGAUGAAUCCCAGUGUGUUUGCUGCCACGCCCGGCCCGCAGACCAUCAUGGGAGUCCUGGACGGCUACACGCGGGCCACGUCGCCGAUCCGCCGGUUCGACGAUCUGGUGGUGCACUGGCAGGUCAAAGCGCAGCUGCUCAAAGAGCACACGCGCGCGAGCGAGCAGACGCCGUGGUACUGGGGGCAGGAUGACAUGGAGCGCCUGGCGCCCAGCGUGUUCCGCCGCAACCUGCUGGCCGACCAGUGCAUGGCGCUGAACGAGGACUUUUGGGGGCUGACUAUGCUGCGUCGCAUGGAGAACCAAGCCAGGCGCGGGCUGCUGCAGGCGCCGCCCGCGGGUUUCUACGACACAAGCUCGCCGCUCUACUACGACCUGCCGUGGCCGUACUACGAGCCGGGACGGCCUGGCCCGCUCACGUGGACGGCAGUGGUGGAUAACCGCGACGAGUCGCGUCCGUUCGUCUCGCUGGUGGUGCAUGGCCUGGGUGUGCGCGCAAUGCUGCUGCCGCGUCCGGUGGCCCCGCACCAUCUGCCGUUUGCUGGCACCAAGGUGCGUGUCCACGUGAUGGCCGUGGAUCCCUCCGAGGGGCUUCUGAUCGUCCGCCUGGCGCCCGAGCCCCUGCAGCCCAGCGACACGCCCAGGUUCUGGCGCCACCAGCAUGCGUUUAGCCGCCUGAUGACGCGCUUCCCGAUCACAUACACGCCGCCUGAGAUUAUCUAG